UGUUUGAAGCUCAAUCCGGACACAGAAAUAUCAAGCCCAGAAAGAGAGAUCAAUUGCCAGGUUUCUUUUAGGCCACAAGUUGAUUAAGGUGGUUCAGGUAUGUUAGAGGCCAAGGAAGUGUAUUCGUUCUUGCUCUUUGUGAAUGGGUGGUUGUGUCAGCUCUUCUCCCCCUGCUCCCAACCAGUCCUCCUAUCUACAAGCAGUCUCAAUACCCAACAGUAUCUUGGCAAAUGGUACUUCAUUGCAGCGGCUGGUGUGAAGGAGUCGGAUGUGCAGAUGUUCAGACAGAUGGACAGCACUGUGUUUUACCUGGACGAGACCUCUAAAAAUGCACUACUGUUGACCGGAGCCAUGCGCGUGGGUGUUCAUUGCAUUAUGAAAAACUGGACCUACACUAUUCAGUCUGGCAAAGAUGAUUUGACAUCAGAAGGCAGGCCUGAGCUGCAAACUCUAGUGUGGAGUGGAGAGUGGCUGAACUGCACCCAGUGUAUCCUGCUGCAGGAGAUAGAGCGUCACUUGGACCCACUAGAGACACACGACACCCUCAACAGAUUCAUGCUUUACGCUCGUGACAGUGCCUUAUUGGAUAAUAAAGUGGUGACGGCGUUUCAGACCCAAACAGCUUGUAAAAACAUGGACAGAUUUGUCCAUCUCCCUCAAGAGAAAGAGCUUUGUAAAUUGGAGAAUAAGGUGUAGCACUGAGGCUACCUGAUAUUUGUUGGAAUCUUCAAUCAAGAUCAUGCUAUGCAUCAAAAUAGGUUUCCUUUUGAUAGUUUAAUAUUAGCGUAUUGCCCACUCUAACUUUGAUCUAACUCAAACGUGGAACUAAUUCUCCUCUCAUUUCCCAUGUGUAAUAGCAAAACAAAUAAACAGAAAAAAGAACAGCUAUACAAAGUAUGUUCCAAAGUCUCAGAAUGGUUAGAAUAGCACUAGUGACCCAAGCUUAGACUUCUUAUCAAGUUAUCAAGCUUUCUAAAAGGGUCUAUUUCCAGGCAAAUUUUUCAUUUUCACUCAUUUCUCUUUUUGUGAGGGAUCAUGUAACUGUCAUGGUUCAGUCAUGGUUCACUGAACUGCAUUCUUCCACUCUUUGCCUACCUCCAUCAAUGGAGGCUGCUGAGUGGAGGAUGGCUCAUAAUAAUGUCUGGAAUGGAGUCAAUGGAAUGGUAUCAAACACUUGGUUUCCAUGUGGUUGAUACCAUUCCAUUGACUCCAUUCCAGCCAUUAUUAUGAGCAGUCCUCCCCUCAGCAGCCUCCAUUGACCUCCAUCUAAAUACCAUUGAUAUACCAAGAUAAUAAUCCAGGGCUUGUUUAUGGGGGAGGAGCCACCCACCAAGUUACACUGACAGUGCAGGGGAAAUUCCCAUGAUGCUGCUGACAGAGCAGAAGCUCAGAGCACACAGUUGUUCACAACUAGAGUGGUCAUCAACAGUUCUCUUCUUCAUUUGCUUCUUUAACCCACUGUUCCUAGGCUGUCAUUGUAAAUAAGAAUUUGUUCUUAACUGACUUGCCUAGUUAAAUAAAGGUAAAAUAAAAAUACAAAAUAAAAUAAAAAUACAAGAGGAAAUUGAGAAUUCUUUGAGUUAAUAUUUUCUAAAACAAAUGAUGUUAAAGCCAUUGAUUGAUGUAAAAUAGCCCAACUUUCAUCUGCACUGGCAUCAGUGACAAAGCACAAUGUCCAGUACUUGACAUUAUCAGGUUAUGUGGGUUUUUACCUGUAGCCUCAAGGAAAGGCCAAACAACAGUGUCCUUAUGCUUAUGUAACAUUUUGAAUCCUAUACUGUAGCUCUGGACCCGUAUUCAUAAAGCAGAGCAGGAGUGCUGAUCUAGGAUCAGUUUCGCCUUUCAGAUAAUGAAUAAGGUUACAUAGAGAGGGAACCUGAUCCUAUCAGCACUUCUACUCUGAGAAGCUUUAUGAAUAAGGGCUCUGGUUAGAAAUGAUUGACAUACCAGGGGUUGCGACCAGUGACAGGAGACACGCAAUGGCUGAGUUAGACAAAGUCAACAUGUAGCUAACAACGUCACUAUUCAAGUACCUCUGUGUUUCAACUAUUCCCGGGCUUAUAUGAAUGUCAGAAAAUAUCCCGAAAUUAUGAUGAAAUCCUUGUCUCUCUCCCUCCCCCUCGCCAUUUAUCUCUCUGAUUUACGUACUUCCAAAGACUUGUGACGCACCAACAUGAAGACACUUGACUUCCCAGAUACACUUUGGCAUGAAACAACUUGUUGACCGGCAGAAUGUACAAAGGGCAGGGUGAGAAUUUACCUCCCAUCUCCGUCAGAAUGACUUUAGAUGUUUACCUUUCUCUCACCUGUACGAUGUCCAUAAUAGGACAGCCUCAAUCUCAGCAGGACUUGUUUCAAUCUCAGCAGGACUUGUUUCAAUCUCAGCAGGACUUGUUUCAAUCUCAGCAGGACUUGUUUCAAUCUCAGCAGGACUUGUUUCAAUCUCAGCAGGACUUGUUUCAGUGAGUUAAUAGAGUCACCGUACAGCUGAGGUUCUAUUCCCAUUGUGUUCCUCUUUUCACUUCUGGAUCGUUUCUCAAAUAUCAAUGCUAUUUACAGUAUAUGAAAGAAUAUCUUGUUAAGCCCAAAAAUAGGCAAUCAAACUCUUCCCUGCAAAAUAAUUCAUUACUGUCAAACGAUCGUUCUUCCAGCCCACCUCUAACAUACCUGAUUGUUGAUGAGCAGUUCACUAGUAAAACACUAAUCAGGCGUGUUAGUGCUGGGCAGAAACAAAAACAUGCACACCCUUUAGCUCUCUCUGACCAGGCAUGGUGACCACUGGUACAUACCAAUAUUGAGCCAAACACAUCUUCGAUGCUGCACAGAUUGAAAUCAUUUAUCUAAAACUGAACAGAAACUGAACCAUUAUCUAAAACUGAACAGAAACUGAUCAAUCAUCUAAAACUGAACAGAAACUGAACCAUUAUCUAAAACUGAACAGAAACUGAUCAAUCAUCUAAAACUGAACAGAAACUGAUCAAUCAUCUAAAACUGAACAGAAACUGAUCAAUCAUCUAAAACUGAACAGAAACUGAUCAAUCAUCUAAAACUGAACAGAAACUGAACAGAACAUAAUUAGAUGGAUGCCAGAAGGUUUCUACUUUCUACAACAGCAGUGCCUGCACUUCUGCAUUUCAGGAAGAUGGGGAAAAGACUAAGAGGCAAACAUGAUUGAAGGCCUUGUCUGAGAAUUGUGCCUGCGUUGGGUAAGCACCUCAACCAUCUGUGUGUGUGUCAAGGAAAGCACAGGCAGGUUGAUUGAGGAUGUGCCAUGGAGCUUGAAACCAAGAACAGGAAAGUUACAUAGAAAUCUACCAGCAAACACUCUCUCUCUCUCUUUCACUCUCUCUCUUUCGCUCUCUCUCCACUUUCUAAAAGUUACUUUCAGUCCUGUUUAUGAAAUCAACAGUGUUCAACUUCACGCAUCUGCAUUCCCAUACCCUAUGGCUAUUCCCAUACCCUAUGGCUAUUUCCAUACCCUAUGACUACUCCCAUACCCUAUGACUACUCCCAUACCCUAUGGCUAUUUCCAUACCCUAUGGCUAUUCCCAUACCUUAUGGCUAUUCCCAUAGCCUAUGGCUAUUCCCAUACCCUAUGGCUAUUUCCAUACACUAUGGCUAUUUUUUUGUUAUUUUUUAUUUUUUUACCUUUAUUUAACCAGGCAAGUCAGUUAAGAACAAAUUCUUAUUUUCAAUGACGGCCUGGGAACAGUGGGUUAACUGCCUGUUCAGGGGCAGAACAACAGAUUUGUACCUUGUCAGCUCGGGGGUUUGAACUCGCAACCUUCCGGUUACUAGUCGAACGCUCUAACCACUAGGCUACCCUGCUGACCCAUACCCUAUGCAUGUAAAGUCAGAUUGAGUCACAGUGACUGCCAGCUGGUGUAUGAAACCAUGAAGAAAACUCCCUGUCAUGUUUUUGUGUCCUUUGAACCCGCUGACACUGACCUAUAAAUAUGUAAGGGAAAACACAUGCCACCCACAUCUGUCAAUGUUGUGCCGUACUCAUCUUUAGCCUUACUAGCCUAUAAUUCCUCGCUACAGGCAUGAUAGUGGUUCUGUCACCUUCUCUUUGCCCGUAAUGUCAUACUUGAGUAAAAGUGAACUGAAUUUGAGAACUGAAUCUAAAUGCAUCUGAGAUGUUGAAUAUGUGAAACUAUGGUAAAUUUGAAAUGAUAGUUUGUAAACUUGAUACACAGACAAUGAAUGCAAUAUCCACCACAUUGAAACAGAAUAUAUAAAUAUUGAAUUAGAAUUAAAUUGUAAUAGAAUUUUAAAACUGAAUGCAAUAUUCAUUAAAAUCAUUUUAAAAUCAUGAAAUACAAGUUCAAGUUAUUAGUUCAAUGAUUACAUUUGUGCAUUACAAAUGUAAAAAAUAUUGCAUUUAAAUUCAAUAUCUUAAUGCAAAUAAAAAAGUAUUGAAUUCAAAUACAGUUUCUGUUGUCACUGAUAUCGCUCUGUAAUCGCUUUCUACUCCCAUAUAUUUUCCCUGACACCCAAAAGUACUUGUUACAUUUUGGAUGCGGAGCAGGAAAGCGAUGGAGGGAUUACAGCGCGAUAUCAGAGCGACUACAGAGCGAUAUCAGAGUGAUUAUAGAGCGAUUACAGAGCGAUAUCAGAGUGAUUACAGAGCGACUACAGAGUGAUUACAGAGCGAUAUCAGAGUGAUUAUAGAGCGAUUACAGAGCGAAUACAGAGUACAUAUUUUCUUUAGGAAUGUUAGCGGAGUAAAAGUAAAAGUUUUUAAAAAACAUUUUGUAAUAGUAAAGUAAUCAACAUUAUUUUUUUUUUAAACGCUGAAAAUCCGAUGUUUCUAUGUCAAGCGGUUUUGUUAUUUUUCAGUCUACUGUGAUGAAUAUGAAGUGUAAUAUUGGGACGCAAACUCAAAAUGGAAUACAUUUAAUCUAUAUCAGACAUGA